GCGGGGGCGUGGGACGCGCUGGAGGGCAGCCCCGGCAAGUGGGCGCGCGGGCUCCUCCGCCCAGCCAGCUCGCUUGCUGCGAGGGGAUCCUGCAGUCGUGCAAAAAGGCAGGGGGCUCGCCGAGAGAGCCGAGAUGACUGCGGAGCAGAAGGAGAACCUGCGUCGCUGCCGAAAUUAUAUCGUGACGACCCUGAAUCCCACUUAUGUCUUGUGCUACAUAGAGGACUUGCUCAGCGAUGAAACGGUGGAGUGUAUCCGAGAGCUUAAGGGGACGCCUACUGCUGCUGCAGAGUUACUUCUGAAAUCCGUUCUAGAGCUCACAUCAGAGAGUUGGUUCCGGGCAUUUUUGGAUGCGCUGCAUGCUGCAGGUUACUCUGGCCUUUGUAAAGCAAUUGAAAAUUGGGACUUCCAGACAAUUGAGAAUCUGGAGAAUUACCGAAAGUUUCUGAAAAAAAUUAAGCCAUCUUUGUUGGAUAUUGAUCCUGACCAUGUACUUCCCUACAUGAAAGACUGCAUCAGGCAACAGGAAUGGGAAGAAAUAAAACAGGCUAAAAUAAACAAUGGCAGAGCAGGAGCUGCAGCAAAACUUUUAGAAUGCCUGUACAGGACAGAUAAAGAAAACUGGCCCAAAACCUUUCAGCUGGCACUGGAUCAGGCUGACUAUCUCAAGGAAAGCGAAUUGUGGGACAUGAAAGAAGGUAGCAAGAAUGACAACGACGUUGUAAUGGCAGAUGACAAUGAGGACAGCUGUAUCGUAGACAUACAAUUACACUAUUCUGAAGAAGCAGAAUCUGACUGUGGAAGUCCAUCUGCACCUUCAAAUGUCUCUCGGCAAACCACUAAAGUCCCAAAGGAAGCAAGAUCCUACCAGAAGGAACUUGCCCAGCCGGCUCUCGAUGGCAAACACACCAUCAUUAGUGCCCCUACUGGCUCUGGAAAGACCUUUGUGUCUGUUAUGAUCUGCGACCAUCACCUCCACAACAUGCCUGCUGGGCGGAGAGGAAAAGUGGUCUUCCUUGCUACUAAAGUCCCAGUGUACGAGCAACAGAAGAAGGUCUUCGAGGAGAGCUUCAAAAGAAGCAAAUAUACCGUUGCAGGCAUCUGUGGGGAAAAUAGUGCCAUGGCCCCUAUAGAUAUGCUCAUUGAGGAAAACGACAUCAUUGUCAUGACACCUCAGAUUCUUCUGAAUUGUCUCAAUGAUGGAACGCUCUCUUCCCUUUCACUGUUUACGCUGAUGAUUUUUGAUGAGUGCCACAACACAACUGGAAAUCACCCUUACAGUGUGCUGAUGUCCAAGUACCUGGACCUUAAGUUUGAGCAACCCAACACACCGUUGCCUCAGAUUGUAGGAAUGACAGCUUCUCUUGGAGUCGGCAAUGCCAAGGACUUGAAGGAGACCAAAGAGUACAUUUGCAAGAUUUGUGCGGCACUCAAUGCUGAAGUCAUAUCCACGGUCCGAGUGCACACAAAGGAGCUGGAGGAAAUUGUCUACAAGCCCCAAAAAAGAAUUAAACUUGUUAGUAAACGUCCCCAGAAUCGCUUUAUGGACAUUGUCGUGCAGAUGAUGUCUGAAACCGAAGCUCUGGCAAGUAAACUUUACCCUUUAGAUAUGUUGUCCCACAUCAAGACUAGGAAUUAUGGGACUCAGAAAUAUGAACAGUGGAUAGUUGAUGUGCAGAAGAAGUGCAGUAUGCUGGAUCUACCAAACGAGGAAGACGGCAGGUCUCUUUUCAUUUACACGGAGCACCUCCGAAAAUACAACGACGCCCUCAUUAUUAAUGAGGAUGCACGUACCAAAGAUGCACUGGCUUAUCUGAAAGAAUUCUUUGAGAAUGUGCGAAGAUGGGGACUUGAUGAAACUGAGCAGCAGCUGGCAUCAACAUUUGAUGGUUAUUUGCCAGAGCUGAAUAAAGUUUCUCAAGAUGAUAUUAAUCCCAAAAUGGAUGAUGUUACAUAUAUCCUGGAAGAAGAAUACCACCUCAACCCUUAGACACGUACCAUUCUCUUUGUUAAGACCAGAGCAUUGGCAGCUGCCUUGAAGAACUGGAUAACAGAAACCCCUGAACUUCAAUACUUGAAGCCAGAUGUGCUGAUGGGACGUGGGACUAGAAAUCAAGGGGCAGGCAUGACCCUCCCAAAUCAAAAAGGUGUCUUGGAUUCUUUCAGAGCUGAUGGGGAAAACAAGAUUCUCAUCGCUACUUCUGUUGCCGAUGAAGGAAUUGACAUUGCUCAGUGCAACCUUGUGCUGCUUUAUGAGUAUACAGGCAAUGUAAUCAAAAUGAUACAAGUCAGAGGUCGUGGAAGAGCAAAAGACAGCAAGUGUAUCCUUGUGACCAGCAAGAAAGAGCAGGAGUGCAAUGAGAAGGCUAACGUGUUAAAGGAGAAGAUGAUGAAUAGAGCCAUUGAGGAAGUGCAGAGCUGGACGGAGGAGGAAUUUGCACAGAAGAUAAAUAGCUUGCAAAAGGAACUAAAGAGAAUGCAAGAUUCCAAGAAGAAGGAACCUGUGAAAAGGCCACUACCAAGUAACAAAAGGCUGUUGUGCAUGAAAUGCAAAGCUUAUGCUUGUGAUACGGAGGACAUCCGAGUGAUUGAGGGAUCCCACCAUACUGUCUUAAAUGAGAACUUCAGUGAGCGGUAUAAAACAGCACCUCACAGCAAACCAAGGCGCUAUGCCCAGUUUGAGAAAAGAUCCAAGCUCUACUGCAAUGCGGAUAAAUGCCACCAUGACUGGGGAAUCAUGGUGAAGUAUCAGGCAUUUGAGGACCUGCCCAUUAUCAAAAUCGAGAGCUUUUUGGUUCAGGAUGUUGUCACAGGGAAGCGGUCCUAUUUCCGGAAAUGGAAAGAAGUUGAUUUUGCCAUAAAAGAAUUUAGCGUGGAAGACAUGUCUUAACUGCCAUGCAGAACAGUUUGAUCUGAUGUUUGACGCUGUUCAUUCAGGACUAGCACAUCCUGCUGUUUUAAGAGUCCUCUGCUGGUUCGCAUAGGAAAAAAAGGUAAAAAUGAUGCCAUUUUCCAUUUUAGGAGCAGUAAAUUCUGAAUUUGAGUGACUGCAAGUCCAUUAUAAAAUAGCACUGAUAUUCAUUUGGCUUUUAAUACUACUGCAGUUAUGUUAGUCACCACUGCCUGAUACAAUUUGCUUCUGCAAAGCCUUUAAAAACAGCAACAAUUUGGCAGUACUCGAUGCUUAUAAAACUCAUGUUCUGUUACUACAACUCAUUUUAAUUUCUGUGGUUGGGAUUGAGAUUGUACUGUUCUAUAGGACAUUCUUUGUAUGAUCUGAUAGCAUUAAACAUUUUCCUGAAA